CAUGUUCGUUUGUCUUACAAGCUGUGGCUCAGCUGGCGCCCAAGGACUUCUGAGUCAUCGACCCUCACAUGCUGCUUUCAGUAGAAACCAAAAGUGUUUGCAGGUCAGUACCUGCAGAUCUAAGAUCACAUGUUGGAACAUAAACAGACAGACAUUUUGUGAGGAACUCUUCCACACUGGGUUAAGAGUCUCCAUGUUCCAGGCCCUCACCCUUUUCCCCGAAUGAGACAACAUAAGAGUGACAUAGAGGGUUCUUGUACUGUUUAGUACAAAGAAUUUCAGGAAGAUGAAGAGGGGUUAAUAGCUGACGAGGAGUGGGCAGCCCAUAAGGAGCCUCUCUUUUAGGAGCAUACAGAAGUGAGAAGUGACUUAGUGCAGGAAGUCAUACUUCAUGAUGUGUAGUUUGUCAGUUUACUACAAAUGUGGAAAAGGAAAGUAAAAAGCUGAGGAGGUCAAAGGAGAGGAAGAAAGAACGAAAAAAAGGACAGAAAACAAGAGGCGGUUGCGAAAGAUACUCUAAACAGGACAGAGUUUCAGAGUCUUCCAGGCAGUUGGAAAGUAUGAGUACAGAGAUGGAGGACAUGGACAGCGAGGGCCCCACCAUUCAGGAGCUGGGGACCCAAUUUAGCGGUCUCCUGAUUCACAUCCAAGAAAGGCUGACCAUUCUGUACAAAAGGAUCCAAAAGAGAGUCCUGCAGACUGCUAUUCUUGUGUGCGUUCUUCUGCUUCUGCUCUGGGUGGCCAUCUUCCUUUAUGGCAGUUUCUACUACUCCUUCAUGCCCACUGCCAACUUCAUCACUCCUGUCCACUUCUAUUAUAGCAGAACUGACUGUACCUCUCCCCACCACUCCAUCUGCUCCUUCCCCAUGGCUAAUUUUUCCCUGCUUAGGAACGGCAAGAAACAGGUGAUGACAUAUGGGCAGCCCUAUCAGAUCACGCUGGAGCUGGAAAUGCCCGAGUCUCCAGCCAAUGAGCAGCUGGGAAUGUUCUUGGUGAAGAUGUACUGCUACUCCUAUGAGGGACAGAUUAUUGACACCGCUGCACGCUCUACCAUGCUGCAUUAUCGCACCAGUCUGCUGCAGUCUCUGAGCACUCUGAUGUUCUCUCCUCUGCUGCUGAUGGGAACGGCUGAGCAGAAGCAGUACAUCCUGGUGGAACUUUACUCUUCUUACAUAGACAACUCAUAUAAGCCCACUGUUGGAGCAGUUAUAGAAAUCCACUCUCAGCAAGUUCAGAUCUACAAAGCUCAGGUGUACAUCCACGCUCACUUCUCCGGCAUACGGUACAUCCUCUAUCACUUCCCUAUUGCUUCAGCUGUUGUGGGCGUGUUGAGUAACUUCACUUUCCUCAGUGUGCUCAUCCUCAUCAGCUACCUUCAGGUCGCCCUGGGUGGCAUCUGGCCAAGUCAACAGGUUGGAAAAUGGAAUAAAGAGAGGCAGAGGAGAGCAGAUGUUCCUGAAGCCACAGAUCAGUAUGAAACAAACACACACCCUGAGGACAACAGCACGGGCACAAAGACACAUUUGUUGGAUGCAUCUGUAAUGGGACCCAGUGACAUCAAGGCUUACAGUUCUGGCAAGAUGGAACAGUCAAUUCUGGACACAGGGGUGGAGGACAACGUGGAGACAAAUGACUCUAGAGGCCUUGCUGAGGAACAGCAUGUAUCUGAGGCACGGAAUGAGGAGACUUAUUUGAAGCUUAGAUUUCUGUCUGAGGGGCUGCCAGAUGUGUCUACUGACCCCACAGACAAGGCGUAUUACCGUACUGGAACCUGUCUGAGCUCCUAGAACAGAGCAAAUGGAGCAGUUUAGUAAUGAAGGUAAAGGUUAUGACAAGCAAAGGGCAACAGUAAACUGCUGUUCUCAGUAUCUUAGCUUUAGCAGCAGAUUCAGUCAUGUAAGGUGGUGGUGAACAUACUGUUAUGAAUUGUUGUGAAUUAGAUAUGAAUGUGCACUUUGGUUGAUUGCCAGGAGGCCCAUAUUUUCCACCUGUUUUGCCAAGUGUAUGUACUGUUCUGUAAUGUUCUGGCCCAUGUUGUGCAAUUACACAGAUAUCCAAAUCAUUAUCUUUUUUUUCAAGAAGUUUAACACUGUAUAACCAGCAACAUUUGUUUGCGGUGUAUUUGUGGAAAGUAAAAUCUUUAUUUGCAUUUAUUUACAUGGCCUUUGCUUUGCUCACAAGUCAGUCAGAUAUGACAGGUUGUUCUUUGAAUAACUGAUAUCACGGCUUUCUUUUAUGUCUAUAUGUCCCUAGGUGCACUAGGUGAUUUUAGGAUAAGAGCAAUGGUUAUUCACUUUGCUAUAACGUUGAAAGGAGGGAGUGCAGUCAUGCUAUUGAGACAAAUAAACACAGCCAUAGAUAAAGAAUUGAA